GUGUCCAGCGGCUGCCAACGGACAACCGUUCCCAACUUGCACAUGUUAUUACGGAUAUGAAAGUGGUUGAGGAGUUGAGCUACCCAACUGAACCGUUUUGAAUUGUGUAAAAAGAAUCAUCACAUCUUUCACCUUCCCUUAAUAAUUAACCAACGCCCUUAAAUUAUUCCUCUCGAGUUUCUUCGCCUAGAUCUCUCUUCAAUGGCUUCUUUCUUCUCUCUCCUAAGGCGCCUCUACCUCUCCAUUUACAACUGGACCGUUUUCUUUGGAUGGUUUCAAGUUCUCUACCUUGCUCUGAAGACAUUGAAAGAAUCUGGUCAUGAACAUGUUUACAAUGCUGCAGAAAAACCUUUGCUUUUUGCUCAAACCGCUGCUGUAUUAGAGAUUCUUCAUGGUUUGGUUGGGCUGGUGAGGUCUCCAAUAACAGCAACAUUGCCACAGAUAAGUUCAAGACUGUACCUGGUCUGGGGCAUCUUAUGGAGUUUCCCUGAGGUUCGAACUCAUGUACUCGUUACCUCCCUGCUCAUCAGCUGGUCCAUCACUGAGAUCAUUCGCUUCUCUUUCUUUGGCUUCAAGGAGGCUUUUGGAUUUGCUCCAUCAUGGCUUUUGUGGCUUAGAUAUAGCAGCUUCUUAGUUCUGUAUCCAACAGGCAUAACCAGUGAAGUUGGUCUAAUAUACAUUGCUUUGCCAUUCAUUAAGGCAUCUGAGAAGUAUUGCAUAAGGAUGCCCAAUAAAUGGAACUCAUCAUUUGAUUACUUUUAUGCCGCGAUUGUUGCAAUGGGAAUCUACGUUCCAGGUAGUCCUCAUAUGUACACAUACAUGCUUGCACAGAGGAAGAAAGCCCUUUCCAAAUCAAAGAGGGAGUAAUCGCAACAUCAGUAGUUUUUCGUUGAUUUUAGGCCAAACUUGAUGUAUCAAUAUCAUUAAAAGACAUGUCAGAGAUAAAUAAACUAAUUAUUUUGUUCUUCAGUAACAUUGUGCAAAGCAGUCUCCUAUAGAUGACAGUUGUUUCUCAAUCACCAACAAAUUUUC